AUGGGAAAAUCUAAUAGUAAGCUUAGUGAAGAAGAAAUUAAAGAGCUUCAGAAAUGUACUUAUUUUAAAAAACAUGAACUUCAACAAUGGUAUAAAGGAUUUCUCAAGGAUUGUCCCACUGGUGAACUUGAUAAAACAGAAUUUCAAAAAAUCUACAAACAAUUCUUUCCAUUUGGUGAUCCUUCAAAAUUUGCAGAUUAUGUUUUUAAUGUAUUUGAUGAAGAUAAAAAUGGAAAAAUUGAUUUCAAAGAAUUUAUAUGUGCAUUAUCAGUGACUUCAAGAGGAGAAUUAGAUGAAAAAUUAUUAUGGGCAUUUCAAUUAUAUGAUAUUGAUGAUGAUGGAUAUAUAACACAUGAUGAAAUGUUAAAAAUUGUCGAGGCAAUUUAUAAAAUGGUUGGUAGCAUGGUAACAUUACCACCUGAUGAAGAUACACCUGAAAAACGUGUAAAUAAAAUAUUUACUCUAAUGGAUAAGAAUAAAGAUGGUAAAUUAAGUAUGGAUGAAUUUAAAGAAGGUUCAAAGCAAGACCCAACAAUUGUUCAAGCAUUAAGUUUAUAUGAUGGUUUAUCACAUCGUAAAUUUGAAGCACCUCGUCAUGGGAGUUUGGGUUUCCUUCCAAGAAAACGUGCACGAAGACACAGAGGUAAAGUAAAGUCUUUUCCAAAAGAUAACCCCGAGAGCCCUGUUCACCUGACUGCCUUUAUGGGUUAUAAGGCUGGUAUGACUCAUGUUGUUCGAGAUUUGGAUCGUCCUGGAUCAAAAAUGCAUAAGAAAGAGGUAGUCGAAGCAGUUACCAUUAUUGAAACACCUCCAUUACGAAUUGUUGGUGUUGUUGGUUAUGUUGAAACUCCAAGAGGUCUUCGUGCAUUGACUACAGUUUGGGCUCAGCAUUUAACUGAUGAGGUUAAACGAAGAUUCUAUAAAAAUUGGUAUCGUUCCAAGAAGAAAGCUUUCACAAAAUAUACAAAGAAAUAUUUGGACACUUCUAAAUCAGUUGAUAAGGAAUUGGCAAGAAUCAAAAAAUAUUGUCAAGUAGUACGUGUAUUGGCCCAUACUCAAAUUCGAUUGGUAAAAAUUGGUCAAAAGAAAGCCCAUCUGAUGGAAAUUCAAGUUAAUGGUGGCACGAUUUCUGCAAAAGUUGAUUGGGCAAAAUCAAAGUUUGAACAGGAAGUUGAUAUAUUAUCAGUAUUUGCUCCUGAUGAAAUUGUUGAUGUCAUUGGUGUGACAAAAGGCAAAGGAUUUGAAGGUGUAACACAUCGUUGGGGAACAAAGAAACUUCCACGUAAAACUCAUAAAGGUCUUCGAAAAGUUGCUUGUAUUGAAGUAAACAAGAAGAUUUAUCGUAUUGGUAAAGGCGAUGAUGAAAAAAAUGCAUCAACAGAAUAUGACAUUACCAAAAAACAAAUUACUCCAUUAGGUGGCUUUCCUCAUUAUGGUAUUGUCGAGAAAGAUUUUAUUAUGAUCAAAGGGUCAUGUGUUGGUGUUAAAAAACGUGUUCUCACAUUAAGAAAAACAUUACUCACUCAUACAAAACGUUCAGCUUUAGAAAAUAUUUCAUUAAAGUUUAUCGAUACAAGUUCAAAAUUUGGUCAUGGUCGUUUCCAAACCGCAGAAGAAAAACAUGCAUUCCUUGGUACACUCAAGAAAGAUGUUGUUCAACCUUAA